CGUGUCUCGUAACACGAAUAGUUCGAUUGUUCAAUUAAGUUUAUUUCUUCUCAAGUUUAGAUACAAUGUUCGUAAGUCGUUUCGUGGGUAGUACUUAACGUUGACGCAAAUCUGUUCUUUCCCACAAAAUGAGUGCCUUAAGAAAUCAUGUGGAUUCCGAAAACCAGGGAAAAUCGACCACAUCAACGCGAAGUGGAGAAAAAGUUAUUUAAGAAACGAGGCGGCACAACGGAUAAGGGCAAGGAUUACGAGCAUCUGUAUAUGGCACAUUUAAUCUUAAGACUGACGCUUGAUGACGACGUCGAAAACUUUUACUUAUCUUCAAAUGACGAAGACUUUGGGGAUUUCGAUGACGUUGUGGUUGACAUUGUAUUUAAAGAUCGUACGGAAACAUACGCAAUACAGUUGAAACACGUCGACAAAAAAACUCCUUUAGGAAGAGCUCAGCUGACUGCAAAGACGGGAAAGAAAAAUUUUGGCAUCCAGAAAUAUUACGACACUUUUAAUAAUUGUUCAAGGCUGAAACAAGAUGUCAAGGUGAUUUUGUUUACCAACACUUCGUUGAAUAUGGACGAGGCAAAAGAGUUCGAUUUCGGUCAACUUUCAGUAAAAUUUGUACCGAGCGAAGAAAAUAAAAUACUGAAUACUUCAGGAAAAAUUUCUUGCUGUCACACACUUAAAAAUAAUCAAGACGGUUCAAGUAAAUAUGAUGCGUUUUUCGAAAAGUUCUACCUCUACACGGAUCAAGCCGAUGUUACGCAACUUGCCAAUGAUCUACGUGAAAUGUUGAAGAAAAAUUUUAUGUGUGACGAAUCCAUCGUCAACCAGUAUUUACAGUUUAUAACCCAGUGGAGUAUGAAAGCGGGUAACAAACUGAAGCUGGACAAAAGCUGGAUGACGCGUUUUAUUACAUUGUGCGUUUUGUCACCCCAUGUCAGACCACUAUCAUUUGAUGCCACGAGAUCUGUUAACGAAAAAGAAACGAUCUUUAGAGAGGUGGUUUCAAAAUUCGACUUCAGCAUUAUCGACGAAAGAAAUUAUGAAAAAAUUAGUCACCUUUGGUCGGACACCAUCAACGAGUUACAAGAUUUAACAGAAGCGGGGAAAAUUAAUGGCAAAUAUUUACUUUUUCUGAAGACGCUCCGAGUCAAAGAAGAUCUGUACAGGGACGAUCCGUUAAAGGUGAAUAAGUUGAUGUGGUUGCUUGGAAAAUGUCCUUUGGUUGUACAAGAAUGUCCACAAGUUUACGGAACAUUUAAAAUUGGCUGCAAAAAUGUCAUCAUGUUGAAAGCUGCGACAAAAUCAGUCGAUGAGAACAAUAAAACUACACUUGGUCAGAAUGUGUUCCAAAAAUUGUCCGAUCUGAAAGAACAAGUGGAGUUAUACGAAAAAAUUCUGACCACUUUCACGUAUUCUAUAGAAGGACAAAAGGAGACUGCUUUGAGACAUUUACUAGAAGAAUGCGAAAAAAUCGAUUCUUUGAUCACUUCAGAUAAAGUGGUCGAGAUGUUGGAAGGUCAGCUGCCAAUAGGUAACCAAAAAGAAGUUUUACCACCUAGCCAUGUUGAAAGAAGUCUGUCGAAGAUUUUAAUAGACUUCGAAUUUUUAAAAUGUAAUAGUGAGAAAAGAGUUGUUCUUGUCAGCAGUGCGCCGGACUUGCAACAUUUUGAAAAUCUGUUGCCGGACACAGAAUUGAAAGAAAUAUCAAAUAUAGGUGAAAUAGAAGCGGUGGAGUCCUCUGAUUCCCAACAGAUUUAUAAAUGCAAGAAACACAUUUCGCUAAAACAGUUUAGUGAUGCAUUAAUGAAGACUCCUAGAAUGGAAGUUCACCAUUUUCGUUACUUUAACAAGCAAUAUUUGGAGUGGAUACGAAGCGAAAAUUAUGAUUCGCAAAGUCAACAUUUCAAGGAACUUGCAGGAUUUCGUUUGAACGAUGAAUUUAACAUAUAUUCGUUGCACCAGUCCCAACUUUUUAAUAGUGGAGAGCAAGAUGUCAACAUUGUCUGUGCUGAACCAGGUAUGGGGAAGAGCACGUAG